AUGUCUGACACGCAGACAGAACGGACGAGCGACUCGACAGGAAGAGGCCGCACAGCAGCCAGAGGGAGAGACCGACAGGACACGGCUCAGACCACCGAGCCCAGUGGGCAGCUGGUGCGGCGACAUACGGAUAAUCAAGGUGACCAUCUCGCGAGACGUCAAGACCAGCCUGCGGCUCGGGCCCAGAGCCAGGCAGGCCGCAAAGGCGCCCCUGCCUUGAGACUGGAUAUGGAUCUUGAUGUGGAUGUGCAGCUCAAGGCGAAGAUAGAAGGGGACAUUACUUUGAGCAUUCUGGACAGCGACCAGUACAACCAGCAGGGCGGUCAGCAUGGUUGA